UAUACGUGUAUCGUGUAUGUACUAUAUCGAAGCAUUGAUCAUUCAAAAUGGCGAGAUAAUGUUUGCACCGUAAUUUUCGCGUCACUUUUUAAACAAAGGAUUUAAUAAAAAGGAAUUUAACAUCAUUUUUAAGAGUCUUGUUGUAAUGUUUCUUGGAAAAAGAGAAACUCUUUCACGGGUAGUGCUGACUGGUGCUAUAGGUAUCUGUUCGUUCAUUGGUGAUCAAGGUUUAAAACAUGGAAAGACCGCUGCGACACGCGCGAUUUUUGACAAUGUCACUCACGCAAUUGUCGGUGGGCUUACUUGGGCGGUUAUCUUAAAUUUGUCAAAGAAGUCUCUCUCCCAAAAUUUUUCGAGUAUUUUCUGGAGCUUUUGUUUAUCGUCUUUUAUUGAUGUGGAUCAUUUUAUCGCAGCAUGCAGUUGGAAGUUAAGUGAUGCUACACAUUUAGAAAAACGACCAUUCUUUCAUUGCACCACUCUUCCUAUAGCAAUAUGGAUCAUGCUAAGUUUCUACGCAAGUGUAUUUAAUUAUCCAAAGCUCAGCUACUAUUCAUGGAUAAUAUUGGCAAGUUUUUUAAGUCAUCAUAUAAGAGAUGGUACGAGAAGAGGCUUAUGGUUUUGUCCUAUUGGUUCUACGCAACCCAUUCCAUAUUAUCUAUACUUAAGUAUGAGUAUGAUGCUUCCUCAUGUGCUGCAAUGGUUAAUGGUAUCAUUUGUGCAUGAAUCUAAGUCUCUGGAUAACGAGACAUUAAUUGAUAUUGUAUAGAUAUUGUAAUAUAAUUGACUAACUGUAUGUAUGUACAUAUAAAUGGACGCGUAAUCUCAUUUUUAUAUUAAUAAUAUAUACAUAUAUUUUUUUAAUAAGUUACAUAUUCUUUAAUUGCA